AUGCUGUGCAGCCUGUCCGCCUUCCCGUUCUUGACCGCGGCGGAGUUCGAGCGCGCCUGUCGAGCGCUGAUCGAUCGCGCCGACAGGGCCGCGACCCCAAAAGAUGGGGGCUGGCCCGCCAGUCGACUCGUCACACAGAAUGGUGUUACUAGCCUUAAACUGACUCGAUGCAUCCCCGUCGCCUUCACGGACACGGCCGAGGAGAGCGAGUCGAGGAUCGACCGACGAGAUCGGCGAGAUGACUUAGACGAACUAGAGGAAUUACAAAGGCGGGAAGAAGAAGAAGAAGAAGAAGAAGAUCGGGAAGCUCUCAUCCGGACCGACCUCCACCCUAAUUUGCAAAUAGAUUAUGAGGUUCUGCUUUCUCCCACGUAUCAAGUCCCGGUCCUGUACUUCACAGUUCGGUGGAACAACCACCAGGGCCCCCUGGGGCUGGAGGCAGUCUACCAAUAUGUGGUACCGGAGCCGCACAGAAAGAAAUUGCAAAGCGUGGGUGUUAUGGGUGGGAUCAGUUGCGGUUAUCUUCCAGAAUCUGGCGCUCCGGCCUUUUUUAUUCAUCCAUGCAACACCGCAGAUGCGAUGGCACAGAUUGCAGACGCACAGAGCAUCACUCCUUGGGUAUAUCUUCUCAUCUGGCUCGGUCUCGUAGGCCCUUCCGUGAACCUGCACGUCCCACGCGAGCUUGUUGCCUCCGAUAGUACCAGCCCAUCUUGA